AUGAACAAAGUAGAUUCUUAUGUGGGUUUUGCAUCUCUACCACUUUGUGUGACCCUCAGCAUACCCUUCAUUCUUUAUUUCCUUUACCAUCUCGUCCUCUUUCCGCUAUUUCGUUCCGAUCUUCGCUCUGUCCCAGGCCCAUUCCUCGCUAAAGUGACUAACCUGCAUCGGCUGUUGCUGGUUCGUACUGGCUUGGCCCAUGAACAUCACCUCCGCCUUCACGAGCGACAUGGCCUUUUCGUACGUCUUGGGCCCAACAACGUCUCUGUUGGCUCCCCCGCCGCGAUUCCCAUUCUAUAUAAUACACGAACUCGACAUAUUAAAUCAGCCUUUUACCCGGUCAUGGGGAACGUCGCCCAUGGGAAGGUUGUUCCUACUAUAUUCUCCACGCGCGACGAAUCUGUUCACGAGAUAAUGAAACGUCCCAUAGCGCAAGUGUACGCCAUGUCAAAUCUCAAGACGUACGAGCCACUGGUGGAAAGCACUGAGUCCCUCCUCAUCAGUAAACUAGAGAAUUUAGCGGACGAGGAGAGGACCUUUGACCUGGGGACAUGGCUGCAUUGGUUCGCGACAGAUGUCAUUAUGGAGAUGACUUUUGGAAAGAGGCUUGGGUUUUUGGAGAGGGAGGAGGAUGUGGAUGGAAUUCUAGAAACAAUAGAGGGACGGUUUUGCGUGUCUCCGGUCCUGAAAUUUGCGCUUAAACGAAUAGCAGAGCGGGAAAAUGAGCGACAUGAUCAACCUGAAAAGAGAUUCCAAGAGCAAGACUUCUUGUCUCGAUUUCUGGACACUAAGGAUAGUAAUCCCAGUAUCCCUGACUCUUGGAUCAUAUCUUGGUGUCAACAAAACGUUCAAGCCGGUUCAGAUUCUACUGCCAUUACAUUGACUCAAGUGAUAUAUCACCUUUUGAAGUAUCCGGACUCCAUGGAAACCUUGCUUGCGGAAUUGGAUCAUGCUGAUCUUCCGUCGCCCGUUCCCUGGGAUAUUGCACAUAAGCUUCCCUACCUUGAUUCUUGCAUCAAGGAGGCCUUGAGGAUGACUCCGGCGAUAGGGAUCCCAUUGGAGCGGGUUGCGCCUGUGGAGGGUUUAGAGCUAUGUGGCAAGUAUUUUAAAGCUGGGACAGUACUUGGAGUCAACGCUUGGGUUGUGCACAGGGAUAAAGAGGUGUAUGGGGCAGACGCUGCUCUCUGGAGACCGGGGCGGUGGAUUGAAGCUAGGCAGAAUGAGAGGAAAGAGAUGCAACGCGGGUUAUUUGCGUUUGGUGGAGGGUCGAGGAUCUGUCUCGGAAAAAACAUCUCGUACCUGGAGAUGUAUAAGGUCAUCCCUGAAAUGUUAAGAAGGUUCAAGUUUGAGCUCAUCAAUCCACAAAAUGAAUGGUCAUUGAAAAAUGGAUUCUUUACUUACACAAAGGGCGUUGAAGUCUCGGUUCAAAGAAGGGAGAACUCUUGA